GCCCGGCGGGCGGAUCGCGGCGCGCGGACGGGAGGGCGGCGCGGAAGGCCUGGCGGGCGGAUCGCGGCGCUGGCUCUAAGAUGGCUGUUGUGAGUGGGGCGCAGUUGCUGUGAGGAGCCGCCCGCCUGUGCUAUGGAGUGCCCGCACCUCGGCUCCAGCGUCUGCAUCGCUCCCGCCUCGGCCCGGUUCCCGCAGGGCUCGCCCUCCUCCUGGUGCUGCAGCGUGUGCCGAUCCAAUAAAAGUCCCUGGGUCUGUCUGACUUGUUCAAGUGUCCAUUGUGGAAGAUAUGUGAAUGGCCAUGCAAAGAAACAUUAUGAAGAUGCACAGAUUCCUUUAACCAAUCAUAAGAAAACAGAAAAGCAAGAGAAAGUUCAGCAUACUGUGUGUAUGGAUUGCAGUAGUUACAGUACAUAUUGUUAUCGCUGUGAUGAUUUUGUAGUCAAUGAUACCAAGCUGGGCCUGGUACAGAAAGUCAGGGAACACCUACAGAACUUGGAAAAUUCAGCUUUUACAGCAGACAGACAUAGGAAAAGAAAACUAUUGGAAAAUUCAUCUCUAAACAGCAAGUUAUUAAAAGUAAAUGGGAGCACCACUGCCCUUUGUGCUACAGGCCUUCGGAAUCUGGGGAACACAUGUUUCAUGAAUGCGAUCCUUCAGUCUCUCAGUAACAUUCAGCAGUUUUGCUGUUACUUCAAAGAGUUGCCAGCCGUGGAAUUGCGGAAUGGGAAAACAGCUGGCAGGCGAACUUACCAUACCAGGAGCCAAGGGGAUAACAACGUUUCAUUGGUUGAAGAGUUUAGAAAGACACUUUGUGCUUUAUGGCAAGGGAGCCAAACUGCAUUUAGCCCAGAGUCUUUAUUUUACGUCGUUUGGAAAAUCAUGCCAAAUUUUAGGGGAUACCAGCAACAAGAUGCCCAUGAAUUCAUGCGUUACCUGUUGGACCAUCUACAUUUGGAACUCCAAGGUGGCUUUAAUGGUGUUUCCCGCUCGGUAAUUUUGCAAGAAAAUUCAGGUCUCUCUGCAAGCAACAAAUGUUGCAUAAAUGGAGCCUCUACCGUCGUCACAGCUAUAUUUGGAGGCAUUCUUCAAAAUGAAGUAAACUGCUUAAUAUGUGGGACUGAAUCUAGAAAGUUUGAUCCAUUCCUAGACCUUUCACUAGAUAUUCCAAGUCAGUUCAGAAAUAAACGUACUAAGAAUCAAGAAAAUGGACCAAUGUGCACACUACGAGAUUGUCUUCGCAGUUUUACAGACUUGGAAGAACUUGAUGAGACAGAGCUCUAUAUGUGCCACAAAUGUAAAAAGAAACAGAAAUCCACCAAAAAAUUCUGGAUUCAGAAACUACCAAAGGUGCUAUGCUUACACUUGAAACGAUUUCACUGGACAGAAUAUCUGAGAAACAAGGUUGAUACAUAUGUAGAAUUUCCCCUCCGGGACCUAGACAUGAAAUGCUACUUGUUAGAGCCGGAGAACAGUGGCCCAGAAAGCUGUCUAUAUGAUCUUGCAGCUGUUGUUGUACAUCAUGGUUCAGGUGUUGGCUCUGGACAUUACACAGCCUAUGCAACUCAUGAAGGUCGCUGGUUCCAUUUCAAUGACAGUACUGUAACUCUGACCGACGAGGAGACCGUGGUAAAGGCAAAGGCCUACAUCCUCUUCUAUGUGGACCGGCAGGCCAAAUCUGGAUCUGAUAAACUUUAAUACCUCCUUUUAAUCCUCACUUAUCAAGUCCAUCGGACAAAACAUUUCCAAUUCUCCAUAAAUACUUGAUCCAAGACUAUUAUUUUCAUUGUGCACUUUCCAACUUCCUCGUGUGGGUUUUAGUUUUGUUGUGUCAAAGGUAGCAGUUGACUUAUUGAACUUGGACACAAACUAACUUUUUUUUUUUUAGUUCUACCAGAAAACCUCAGCAGAUAUUUUGAUUUGUUGCUUUAGCUGUGAUAACUCAAUUUUUAUAUAUAUAGUUUCAUGAACUACUUAGCUAUUUGAUAUUAAUGUUUUCAGUUCUCACUUUCUAAAGGCACAUUUACAUCAGAGAAGUUUUUGUAUCCUCUUUAUAAGCAAGAGAAAUGUGUUCCUGAUUACGAAGAGCAAUAGAAUUUCAUGCUGCUCUCACAGCUGUUUUGUAGAUAAGAUUGAAUCACUUUUAAAUCAAGGAAUUGCUUGCACAUACUGUUUGCCCCAGUGCAAGAAACUUAACAGUGACCUCUGAACAAUCACUCUUUGCCUGCAGAAGAGAUGCGAUAUCAUUAAGUAGACUGGGUAAUUGCUGCUAUCAGUGUGUAUCAAGGCUGCUGUCUUUCAGGACUCCUUGUAAAUAAAUAGUUGAUUCAGUUGUAUUUGUACUGCAAAUUCAAGUGUUUCUCAUUUGUACUUUUUCCCCUACAAAAGAGACAUUUAAAUUAUUACCCUAAUCAUAUAUGUGUCUUGGGAUUUUAAUUUACUUUUUUUAAACUGAAAUGGAAUUGCUAGGGUGAUAUCUCAAUUUUUAGCAUUUAUCCCAAAGUUUGAUAGCAAGCACUUGCUUUUGAAGCUAGCAGGCUCCAUGGGAUUGGGCCACUGUCCCUUUUUAUAUCCUAAAAUGAGAGUUCAAUGUGGGGGCUUCAGAGAGGAGAGGUUUUUGUCUCAAUAUAACCCCCAUUUGCCCACAUCCCCUUCCAGCUCCAUUUAGGAGUGAAAGACAGGUUUGUUAUGGGUUUGGAGAUAAACUUUGCAUGGCAAGUAGUUCUACCUAAUCCAGACUCAGGCUCAAAGUGGUAGGGAAGAUGUAUUCAAAUCUGUAUGCAGCGAUAUUACAGCUCAUGCAAAUUGUGGAGCUAACACUGCCCCUUUAGGUGAGCAUAUACCCUCACUAACUGCAGUAUUUAAUUAGUAGUUCAACAUUUCUCAUGGUCUCUUUCCCAAAAGAAGAGGCAAGAUAUUAUUUCUGAUGUUGAAAUGUAAGCCAUCUGUUUAUAUUAAGCCUCUUAUCAGCUUAAUGGAAGAGGAAUUCAGUGUUAGCAGCUGGAAUUUCAGCUGUUCUGGUACUGCUGAGAGAGAGGAGCCCAGUAUAAAUUGAAUGAUACUGAACUCAGCUUUCCCUCCUCCUCUGUUUGCCUACUGCCUUUCACCACACUCCCAUCAUCUCAAAAGCCUGUGGGAAGGCUGGAGCUCCCUGCCUGCCAAGUCAGCUAUCCCACCAGACCCCUCUUACUAGUGAUAUAGGCCCAUGAGUUUACAAACAGGUGUGUUUUAUUUAACUGAGUAAAAACAUCUGCCUUCCCCUGGUUGCAUCUCCUUGAAAGGCCACAUUAGUCAGCAGGUAGAUAUAGUAUGCAUUUCAGUAUUAGUUGACUAAGCACUGUGCUCCUGACAAUUGCAAAAAAAAGUUUUAAUUACCUGUUUGGUCCUUCUCAGAUGGCUUUUACCACUGUCAUUUAAAAAGAAAUUGGCUUUGUAUAAAACUGCAGAAAUGUUCAAUAUUGCUAAAUUAUGUAUGAAAAUAUGUAAACUAUACACUUACCUAAACCUAGUAGUGACUAUCACUUGUUAAGUGGCAGAUAUACCAGGAUGUCUUUAUUUUGUUGUUGAACAAUAAAUAAUUAUUCAUUGCUUCAAACUGUAGCCAUCAGCUUGUUAACUACUGUUUUUAGACCUUAUCUUCUGAUCAGAACCAGCAGCUGUUACCACAUUUAAACAAAAUAAAAAGGUAAUUGGCAGAAUUCAUUAACUGAUGGCAAUUCUGGGGAUUAAACCUUGGGCCACUGGCACCUGAGCCAGUGCUGUAUGUUACUUAGAUUGCACUAGAAUUUGUUUGUUUAAUAUAUGUGUUAAUCAUGUAAUGAUCUGGACAUUUUGUUCAACUCUCAGUGAAUUUAGUGCAUAUUGUUCAGCCACUCAGUGAUGUAAAUGUGCCUUUCUGUAUUUUUAGGAACUUAAGUUCGUAAACUUCAUCAACGUUAUUCCCUUCAUUUUAAAGGCAAUUGUUUCUCUUAAGUCAUCAACUUUGUCUCUUACACUUUUUUCCUCUCAAUACAAUUUCUCAUGUAUCAUAAGUGAAUUGUCUUAGCCAAUGGCAUAUGUCUUAUUCUGUUUAGGACAUGGCCCUCAGAACACCAUGUAGUUGUCAUAGUUUGUUCUUGAAGCAGUUUCUGAUACAACUUAGCCAUAUGUGUCUAUGGGACAAGUACACUGUAAAUCCUUUCCUAAUGUAGCUUACUCCCACUGCAAACACAGAUGGACAGUAUAAACAAUUUGUUGUGGCAACACAAGUAUUUCUCUUCCUGGUGGAGAAUUUUCCUUAUCCACUGUAUUCUAGUCAGUGUCAAAAACAAAACAAAAC